GCUUAUGUUUGGGCACGGGCAGUGUCUGCUUCAGACUCACUCGUGUCUGGACUCCUGGCAAGCGUGCCUGGGAGGACUGGAAGCCUGUGAGGCCAUUGGGAGCUGCUGUCCAGCAACUCUCAGUUCUCAUGCACAAAACAUUGACCGUUUCCUUAGCCCUAUCCGGUUCAGGAAGCUAAGUACUGUGGCUGGUGCUUGCAGCAGCACAGAGUGUCACGCCAACAAAGAAGGAGCAGCUGCUGUCCCCAGCUCUGCUACAACGCAAGCAUGGCCACAGAGUGGAACUGCCCCAUCUGCCGUGACAUUCCAGCUGAAAUCGCUACUGUAACACCCUGCGUCCACCUGUUCUGCCUGGGCUGCAUUGUGCGUUGGGCCAAGAGGCAACCAUCGUGCCCGCUGUGCAGGCAGGCUAUCAGCAGCAUAAUUUACUCUGUUCGGUCCGACGAAGACUUUCUGGAGAUGGUUCUUCCAAGGCCCUCAGAGUCAGCGGCUGCUCAGCAGCAGGAUGAGCAGGAGGCUGCGGAGCCAAUGCCCAGGGCUUACGUAGCUGGCUUCCCACCUCAGGUCUGGGCAAAUUUUUUCCAGGACCACUCAGAAAUCCUCGAGCCCCUGCUGCCCUGGCUGAACCAGGAGCUAUCAGAGCUGCUCAGCACCCGCUGGUGGGAGGUGGCUCUGGCACAGAGUAUCGUUGUAGCCAGUUUGUGCCGCUAUGGGCUGAGUGAGGAGGCCUUGGUCCGGGAGCUGAACCCUCUGCUGCAGGGGCGGACGGCGGCAUUUGUGCAGCGGCUCAUCAACGCUGCCGCUGACAGGUGCCGUGAUGAGGUCCUGCGGCAGAUAAACCUCCUCAACCCCCAGGCUGAGGAGGAGGAGGAGGAGCAGGAGGAGGAGGAGGGUCCCACAGCCAUCACUGAGCCCUCUGCAUCCCCCCAGGGGACUCCCACUCCCAGCCCGGCCUCCUCCAGCAGCUCCGCAGUCUCCAAGGCGCAGGCGGACGUCGGAACGUCGGCAGCCGAGCUCCGCGGGGCCCCCGGGCGCUCUCCCUCCGCGCCCGUCCCUGCGGAGCGGGAGCAGCCCCCGGAGGAGCCCGGCAGCGCGGCAGCAGCAGUGCCCGGCCCCUCUGCCAGGGCCUGCAGCCCCUCCGCUCCUGGCCCCGACAGGGACGGCUCGCCCGCGGGGCCCCGGCGCCCAGCAAAGAGGAGGGCCUCUGGCCCUCAGGACCCUCCCCAGCUCCCCAAGAGGCCGUCCCGCCGGCGGCGGCGCAAGCCAAGAUCCGUUGAUCGUAGAAGGAGGAAAUAAAUAGUUAGUUGUUUGUUUGUUUGUUUG